UUUCAGUUGCAAAGAAUGUUUUCAAUAACGCGGAGACUUUCAAGAAAUCGAGCUUUGAAGUUAUCGAGUCUAAUGUCGACAGAGCCAGUCGCAAAGCGCACGAUGGCCGUGAAGAUAGGAACACACAAUGGAAAGUUUCACUGCGACGAGGUUCUCGCCUGCUUUAUGCUGCGUCAGUUGCCGGAGUACGCCAACGCUGAGAUUGUUCGAUCACGUGAUCAAACGGUGCUAGAUACAUGUGACAUUGUUGUUGAUGUUGGUGGUGUCUAUGACCCCAGCAUGCAACGCUAUGACCACCAUCAAAGAUCUUUCAACUAUUCCAUGAACAGCCUUUGCUCUGAUUUCCGGUUUGUAACGAAGCUCAGCAGUGCCGGAUUGAUUUACUUCCAUUUUGGACGGCGAGUUCUUGCGCAAGUGCUGAAUGUACCCGAAGAUAACCCGGCCCUGCCCGUCAUGUUCCUGAAGGUCUACGAGAACUUCAUGGAGGAAGUGGAUGCCUGUGAUAACGGCAUCAAUGCUGUGGAUGGUAUUCCCAAGUUUCACGUCAGCACCAAUCUGGGGAGUAGAGUUGGUUAUCUCAACCCUAGCUGGAAUGAGCCCAGCCAAGAUGAGACGGCUUGUUUCUUCAAGGCGUAUGAACUCGUUGGAACAGAGUUCACAAGCCGUGUCAACUACUUCUAUUCCCAGUGGUUGCCGGCACGUGAUAUUGUCAUGCAAGCCGUGCAGAAUCGAACCAAGGUGCACGAGAGUGGCGAGAUAAUCUGCAUUGAGCGCUUCUGUCCGUGGAAGCAGCAUCUGUACGAGAUUGAGAAGGAGCUGUGCCUGGAGCGCACCGUCAAGUUUGCCCUGUACUGUGAUCCCAAGGGGCAGUGGAGAGUACAGACUGUGUCGGUACACGCCGACUCUUUCGAGAACAGACUUCCUCUCCAUCGUGACUGGUCUGCGCUGCGUGAUGAUGAGCUUUGCAAGGUGUCGGGAAUACCUGGCUGCAUCUUUGUACAUGCUAAUCUCUUCAUCGGUGGCAACGUGUCAUACGACGGUGCUCUUCAAAUGGCCGUGAAAUCACUGGCCGCUCGUGGGUAGAGUCAUGACGCGUCCAAUGAAUCACUGCUCGUCUGAUAACAGGUACUGCUAGUAGUGGCUCAGUGCUGUGUCGGCUGGAAUGUCCCUUGAGCUAUGUCACUUGUCCCUCGUCUUGUGCUAGGGUUUACUGUGUGUGCAUGCUCGGUCAGUGUCGUUCUGCUUGCAGCAUGUUCUGCGCUGUCAGGCUCUGGCAACAUGUGCUGUUGUGUACAGUGUGCGCAUCAUGGUUCAUGCUCGUGCACUGCAUACAGCCAUUGCUUGAUUUCCGCCCUUGCACUGCCGGUGGCGGGUCACAUGGUGCUGGUCUGCAUGGGCAAUCAGCGUAUGCACCAGUGUACCUGUGCCCAGUGAUCUUGAACCCUCUGGUGCAGUGGUGCUCCACACUGCUUCCUUUUACUGUCAAUGGUGAAUGUAGCCUAUUGGCCUUCAUUUCCUUUUCCAGCCUCAGUUUGGAUGACUUGAGGUGGGGCUGCACAGCUAUUCUCUAAGCAUGUCUUCAGCAGUUGAUUGGGUUUUUGCUGCUGAAAAUGUGUAUUUUAUAUUGUUACAACAACCUCUAUUUCUGCUUUUCUCUUUCUCUCUCUUCUCUCGAAGAACCUCCUGUAUUUUAUUUCUUGCUUCCAGUUCUAUGGCCUUGUUUCCAUCUCGAUUACAAGACACCACGUCGGCCAUGAGAAUGGUGCUGGCAACUGGGCAGCCUGUA